CACCAAUCCUCCUAAAAUGUCCUUCUCCAGAUCCUCUGCCUCCGCCCUCAAGCAGGCCCUCAGGACCACCGCCCCCAGGGCUUCCCGAGGUGCCGCCGUCAGGUCUUACUCCCUCCUCACCGGCGCUGCCCCCAGGGCCAUGGCUACCCGACUCGGUGCCACCCGAGGUGUCAAGACUCUUGACUUUGCCGGCACCAAGGAGGACGUCUACGAGCGUGCUGACUGGCCCCUCGACAAGCUUCAGGAGUAAGCAUUGUUUUUUUUCUUGACGUGGGGAUUUUUUUUCUGCGGUCGCGGAUUCGCGAUCAAGUUCGCUUGCUGCAAUCGCUCUGAUAAGGAUGCCCGAGCGCAACCUACACUGAACUGCCGACUAACACUAUGCAGGUUCUUCAAGAACGACACCCUUGCUAUGAUCGGUUACGGCUCUCAGGGCCACGGUCAGUCCCUCAACGCCCGUGACAAUGGCCUCAAGGUCAUUGUCGGUGUCCGAAAGGGUGGUGAGUCCUGGAAGCAGGCUCAGGAGGACGGAUGGGUGCCCGGAGAGACCCUCUUCGACAUCCCUGAGGCUAUCCACAGGGGUUCCAUCAUCAUGAACCUUCUUUCCGAUGCCGCCCAGUCUCAGACUUGGUCCGAGAUCGCUCCCCUCAUCACCAAGGGCAAGACUCUCUACUUCUCUCACGGUUUCUCCGUCGUCUACAAGAACGACACCAACGUUGAGGUCCCCAAGGACGUUGAUGUCAUUCUCGUUGCCCCCAAGGGUUCUGGCCGAACUGUCCGAACCCUCUUCCUUGAGGGCCGAGGUAUCAACUCCUCCAUCGCCGUCUACCAGGACGUGACCGGUCAGGCCAAGGACAAGGCUAUUGCCCUCGGUAUCGCCGUCGGUUCCGGUUACUGCUACGAGACCACCUUUGAGAAGGAGGUCUACUCUGACCUCUACGGAGAGCGAGGUGUCCUCAUGGGUGGUAUCCAGGGUAUGUUCCUCGCCCAGUACGAGGUCCUCCGAAAGAACGGCCACUCCCCCUCCGAGGCCUUCAACGAGACCGUCGAGGAGGCUACCCAGUCCCUCUUCCCCCUCAUCGGCAAGUACGGUAUGGACUACAUGUACAACGCCUGCUCCACCACUGCCCGACGAGGUGCCCUCGACUGGGCCCCCAGGUUCAAGGAGGCCAACCUUCCCGUCUUUGAGGCUCUCUACAAGUCCGUCAAGGACGGUUCCGAGACCCGACGAUCCCUCGAGUUCAACGGCCGAAAGACCUACCGAGAGGACCUCCAGAAGGAGCUUGACGAGAUUGACAACCAGGAGAUCUGGAGGGCCGGUAAGACCGUCCGAGCUCUUAGGCCCGACGCCAACAAGGACGAGCUCUAAGCAACUCCUUCCGUUUCUUCUUCCCCUACACAUCUCUCCAAAACCAGACCUUGCAUCUGUACUUUCCGGUCAUGCAUAUCUAUGAAACGCUAUGCUA